GAAGGAGACUCAAGAGAGAGAGAGAGAGAGAGAGAGAGAGAGUCAGUCAGAUCUGCUUGUUGCAGGCGGCAAUUGUGAAAACAUCCGGAAGACUUGACCUUCCGCCGAGUUGGACACGCUCCGAGUGACCGUGUGGGCUCGGUUUCGAGUUCAAUUCUGACUUACUGUACUAGUUCAAGGGCAUUAAUGAUACCGCUUUGAGCUGUUUUUGCCGGCAUUUCGAAAAUACUGAUGGUCUGCGGCGUAAAACGGUGAUCUCCCGGUAGCUCCGGGGGAGCUCCGGCGAAGAUGUUUAGGUCGGCGCGGUGGAGGAGCGAGAAGAACAAGAUCAAAGCUGUUUUCAAAUUACAGUUUCACGCCACUCAGGUGACACAGGUGGGAGGUGAUUCAUUGAUUAUUCACUUUUUUCCUGCUGACGUUGGAAAGCCGACAGUAAGAUUGGAGAAAGCAGCAAUUCGUGAUGGAAGCUGUUCUUGGGAAAAUCCUGUCUACGAAACUGUUAAAUUCUUCCGAGAGCCGAAAACGGGGAAGAUUCAGGAGAAGAUCUACACCUUCGUCAUAUCCACCGGAUCAUCAAAAGCAGGUCUUAUUGGAGAAGUUUCAAUUGAUUUUGCGAGUUAUGCUUAUUCCAUUAAGCUUUCCACUGUGUCUCUUCCCCUUAAGAAUGCAAAAUCUGAGGCUGUUUUGCAUGUUUCAAUUCAAAGGAUGGAGGAAAAUAUUGAACAAAGAGAGGCCGAGGAAAUUGAAAACGGGAAAAUUUAUAUGAAGGAUAGAAGCUUCAAGGCACUUCUGAGCAUUGGUGAUCCAGCUGAAAGCAACUAUACUGAGGAUGAACCUUUGAAUAAGAGGAUUUCACAUAUUGCCGAGUUGAAUGGGAACCGCCUGGCAUCUAGUGGAUCUGAUCUUACAAUAUCAAGUUCCAAUAGCAGCUCUGGGCUUGACACGCCUAGACAAUUCGGACUCGACAGUAGUAAUAUGCUCCCGGACCCCACAAGCCUCCUAUCAUCUUCCAAUCUCAAUUCAGUGCAUCAGAAAACAAUUUCUGAUCUCUCUACGAGAAUCCAUCAAGACCACCAGACACCACAAUGGGAGUGGAUGGAAGGUUCUACUCUUGAAGGAAGUACGGACGAUUCAUCAAGUGGUUCAAGAGAAAAGUCCGAAGAGGCUUCGGAUAUCACGAUUGAAAAGCUCAAAACUGAGCUUGCCGCUUUAUCUAGGCAAGCAGAAGUCUCAGAACUGGAACUACAGACUCUGCGAAAGCAAAUUGUGAGGGAGGGAAAAAGGGGAAACGAUCUCUUCAGAGAAGUUGUUGGCCUGAAAGAGGAGAGAGAUGCGUUCAAGGCAGAAUGUGAAAAUCUCAAGGCCUUCCAGAGACGUAUGGACGAGGCCAAAGUCCGAAACAAGUUAAAGUCUGAAGGAGGGGAUCCUUUUGCUAUAGUUGAAGAACUAAGACAAGAACUAAGUUACGAAAAGGAUCUUAAUGCCAAUCUCCGUUUACAACUUGAGAAGACGCAAGAAUCAAACUCAGAGUUGAUUCUUGCUGUGCGUGAUUUAGAUGAAAUCUUGGAGCGGAAGGAUAGGGAAAUUAUUAACAUUUCCAAUGGAUCUGCAAUAGUUGAGAAUGUGAAACAUUUGUCAGAAACCAGCUACAAUUAUGAAACGGAAGACGACGAAGAGCAAAAAGCCUUGGAGGAGCUUGUCCUUGAGCAUAGCGAAUCGAACGGCACGCAUGAGAUGGAGCGAAAGAUCACAGACCUUUAUAAUGGGUUGGAAAUUUACAGGAAAGAGAGAGAUGAAAUAGAGGUUCAAAUGGAACAGCUUGCCCUUGACUAUGAGAUCUUGAAGCAGGAAAACCAUGAACUUUCUUAUAAAUUGGAGCAAAGCCAAGUGCAAGAGCAACUGAAGAUGCAGUAUGAGUGUUCGUCUUCUUAUGCUAGUAUAAACGAACUUGAAACCCAGAUCGAGAACAUGGAAGUUGAACUCAAGAAUCAGUCAGAGGAGCUCUCAGCCUCUCUGGCCUCCAUAAAUAAAUUUGAAACUAUUGUCAAGAGUCUGGAAGAAGAACUGGAGAAGCAGGCAGAAGGAUUCGAAGCGGAUAUUGAGAUUCUUACUUGUGCCAAAGUGGAGCAGGAGCAGAGAGCAAUACGAGCGGAGGAAGCCUUGAGAAAGAUGAGGUGGCAGAAUGCUAAUAUGGCAGAGAGGCUUCAGGAGGAGUUUAAAAGGCUUUCGUUGCAACUGUCGUCUACUUUUGAAGAAAAUGAGAAGCUGGCUAUGAAAGCCCUGACAGAAGCAAGUGAACUCCGCCUGCAAAAAAUUUACCUAGAAGAAUUGCUUCGGAAAGAAAAGGAGGAGUUAGAGUCGGUUCGGGAUGAAUAUGAAGCAAAACUCCACGAACUUUCGAGCCAAAUAAGCUUAAAGGUCAAUCAAAUGGAACAAAUGCAAUUGGAAAUUGAAAUCAAGUCCAAAGAGGUUGAAAGUGAAAAGAGGCAUUGGGAAGAAAGUUGUAGGAUUUUCUCACAGGAGAUGCUAAUGCUUGGAGAGGAGAUUGAAAAUCUUAAAAGAGAGAACAUUGACCUUUCCAUUGAAGCGGAACAGAACAAAACUUUGAAAGUUAAACUGGAACGAAUGAAUACGGAGAUGGAGGAAACAGAUUUGCUGCUAUUUAGAGGAAACGUGGAAAGGGAUGAGAUGGAAGGCAUGAUUGAUUUGUUGAGGAAGGAAACAGAGAAGUCAAGGGAGGAACUAAACAUUCUGAGCAGCCUAAAAGAUGAAAAGGAAUCAAUGAUUGGAAAUCUGCAGUUGGAGUUGGAGAUGUUGAAAUCACAGUGUGAUGAAUUGAAGCGUUCUUUGUUCGAGGAUGAAUUGGAGAAAGAGAAAAUGAGGAAGCAGGUGUUUCAGUUAAAAGGGGACCUAAAGAAGAAGGAGGAUGCAUUCAGCAGUUUAGAGAAGGAGCUCAAGGAUACCAAAACUCGGUUGACUGUCUUGGAUGGAACAAAAACAAUGUCAAGAAACAACAAAUCUGUCUCUGUUCCUCGUACUCCGAAAGAGAUGGCGUCUCUGAAGGACAAAAUAAAGAUACUUGAGGGUCAGAUAAAGCUGAAGGAAGCUGCUCUUGAAACCUCAACAAAUUCAUUUUUGGAGAAGGAGAAAGAUCUUCAGAACAAAAUUGAAGAGUUACAAAGAAGAUCCGAUGAACUCAGUCAAAAUAGUGGCAUUUUGUAUGAAUAUCAACUCUCUAAGGUAGCUGAAGAUCCCAAGCACGCUACUUCUAAUGGUAGUACUUUGAUGGAAAGCAGUAAUGCAAUUUCAUCAGAAAAAGGGAUGGAAGCCUCUGCUUUAAAUGCCAGAGAUCAAGGCAACCUUGAGGAGUUAUCAAAUGAAAUGGAGCUACUUAAGGAGAGGAACAAAACAAUGGAAAGUGAACUAAAAGAUAUGCAAGAGAGAUAUUCAGAGAUAAGUCUUAAGUUUGCGGAGGUAGAAGGUGAGAGGGAGCAGCUCGUGAUGGCUUUACGAAACCUUAAGAAUGCCAAAAAGAUCUGAUAAAUUAUCCCAACAAAACCAGAAAAACAACCCUUGAUAAAGCGGCCACCUUCCUCUGCCCAGAAUCUUGUCAAGAACAGAGUGUGUAUAUUUGUAAGGUCUCGUUUUGUUUCCUGAUAGUACUUGUGUUCCACUGUAUCAUGUAUAAGGUCAAGAUAUAGUUCCCCCACGUAGGAGUACUAGGUAGUUCCCCUCAUCAGAAGUUGAAAAAGAAUAAGUGCGGCGGGAUUCAAUCUCUGUUCUUUUUCGUGAUCUCAGUUGCAGUUGUCCCGCUAAUUAUGAACACUUAAAGAAUUUAUGUAUUCUUUCAUUUUAUGUAUAUUGGCAUUUAUUUUGUUCUUAA